GAGAACGGGUCUGUGAUAAGAAUUUGGUCCUAGGGUCCCUACAGCUGGUCCACUUAGCAGCCUCUCCAAAUCACCGGAAGUUAUCAGCUCGCAGUUUAGGGCUCAUGAAUAGAGAACAAUACAACAACCCUGACCUAUGACCAGCUGGCUCUUUCCUCACUUUUGCCCACUGAUCGAUAUGUAAACCGUCGAAACACCAAGUUCACUUCGACACAAUCUUAUCUAAACAAGUUUUUCGUCCGCGAGACCCUUUUUCUCACUUAUUAUUCUCCCAGUGGACAAAAGAACAAAAGUGAAAUUGAAACUAUCAAUAGAAUCAUAAUUUAUCGAUCAAGAUUCGUAUGUAAAUUUCAGGAGGAUAAAGAAGACUUUCGAGGCAAUUUUUAAAGGGAUCAUAACAAAAAAUUUUGGAAGGAUUUAUAGGGAAAAUCUGAAAAGAUGAUCUCUUUUUAGAGAAUACGGAACAUUUUUAAGAAGGUGAGAAAAAUAUUGAUUGCUGGGGAUGAGAAGAGAUCUUUGAAUGAAGCCUGAAUAGUAAAUAUAGACCUAGAACCACGCGGACUUUCAGUCAAUGAAACAAGGUGACAAUAAAUGGAGGUCUUAAUAAAGAAUCUUUGGGAGCAAGAAAGUAUUCGUUGAGAGAAAAUAUUUAUUUUAUGAAAGUAUUACAAGUGUUAAGUGGAUUGUGAUAAGAAGGCCGACGGAAAUUAGAAGUAUAUUUUUGUAUUGUAAACAGAAAGUGAUCGGGAGUCAAGGAACUUUAGUGCCGCUCAUUAAGUUAAACUUCCAAGGACUUGAAACCGAACUGUAGUAACUUUUAAGCGAAUGUGAUUCGAAAAUGGCGAAAACAGCAGCAGAUUACGUGAAGGCUAUCGAGGGAGGUAUCCCACCAACACAGGUAGUAGAAACAAAAGUCUACAAACGAAGAUGGCUGAUUUUGGCGAUAUUUGUCCUUUACAGUACCAGCAAUGCAAUGCAAUGGAUUCAGUACAGUAUUAUUGCAACUACAGCGGCAAAUUAUUACAAUGUUUCCACAUUUGCAAUCGAUAUGACGAGCAUGAUUUACAUGAUAAUGUAUAUUCCAUUCAUUUUUCCAGCCAGUUAUCUUCUGGACAAAUUUGGUCUUCGAUAUGCGGCAAUUCUUGGGGCGGUUGGGACAGCUGCAGGUUCUUGGAUUAAAGUUUUUAGUGCGGUUCCGGACCGAUUUUGGGUAACUUUUCUUGGUCAUUCAUUGGUUGCUGUGAGUCAAACAUUUAUUCUUUCGGUACCAGCUCGUCUUGCAGCAGUUUGGUUUGGACCGGAUCAAGUCAGCAGUGCUUGCAGCAUUGGAGUCUUUGGAAAUCAAUUAGGAGUGGCAAUCGGGUUUUUAUUUCCACCGAUGUUAGUCCCGGAAAGCAAGGAUACAGAAAUUGUUGGAGAAGGAUUGCAACUUAUGUUUUACAUAGUGGCCGCAUUCACAACGACAAUCUUAGUCCUUAUAUUAUUGUUUUUUAAGGCUGAACCACCUCUGCCUCCUAGUCCAGCUCAGGCUGUUCAAAGAGAUGCGGAAGUUACCGAAAGCUUCUUGCAGUCAGUCAAGAGGCUCGCUACUAAUGUUGGUUAUCUCCUACUUUUGCUAAGCUAUGCAAUUAACGUUGGCAUUUUUUAUGCCAUUAGCACCCUCCUCAGUCAAAUUCUUGACAAUCAUUACCCACACUCUAGUAUACAUGCAGGAAGAAUUGGAUUGACGAUAGUCUGUGCAGGGAUGUUAGGAUCCGUUAUGUGUGGAGUAGUUUUGGACAAGACACACAAAUUCAAGGAAACGACUCUUGGCGUCUACCUGUUUUCUUUAGUGGGUAUGAUCAUCUUCACUUUCACGUUGGACUGUGGAAAAAUUUAUGUCGUCUAUUUAACUGCUGGACUAUUGGGAUUCUUUAUGACGGGUUAUUUACCAGUGGGUUUCGAAUUCGCAGCAGAAUUGACCUAUCCAGAACCGGAAGGAACAUCAGCAGGUUUGCUAAAUGCAAUGACCCAGGUCUUUGGAAUUGCCUUCACUUCAAUUUCCGGAUUUCUUAUUACUGAAUGGGGCGAUUUUUGGUCAAAUAUUACUCUCUGUAUAACGCUCGCCCUAGGGACAAUUCUGACCAUGAUCAUUCCCAACGAUCUCAGAAGGCAGAACGCCAAAUUCUAAGUCAACAUUAUAUCUAUUUUAAAAAGCACACACUUCCUAGUUGCUGGAAAAGGUAACGAAAACAUGAAAUUCGAGACAAUAGCACGAAGUUGCAAAUACUUGCCAAAUGUGCCAAUUUUUUGAGAAGGGAGGAUAAAACAUUCAUCGUUGAAAACGAUGCUUUAAAGAAAUAAUAAUUUCUUUAGAGAAUAUCACGAAACAAACGAGACAAUAAUAGAUUACAGCGAAUUUAAAAAUGCAAGGCCUUUUUUCUAAGGCAUUUUGAGAAGAAGAAUUCUGAGACUCUAAUACUCAUUUAUAAAAAUGGUUUAUUGAAAGAGACUGUUCGGAAGACCAUUAUUUUUUUUUCUAAAAGCAUUAGUAUUGUGAACAAAAUAAUUGCCGUCCGAUACAGUAAGUUUCUUCCAGAAAGGCUUCCUGUCCAAGAAUUGCAUUUGCAAACGUGUUUAGUGAACUAGAUAAAUGUCGUUUAACUCUACAGUUCUAGUUUUGAUAGAAUAGAUUUGAAUCUGACUUUAGUCCGGUAAAGUUUAGUUUAGAAAGGACAUUGUGACCCAAAAAUAAUCUGAAAGUCAUUUUGUAGAAAAAAGAUAAUAUUUUUACAACAUUAACCACAAGAUGUGAUAAAUUCUAAAGAUGUCGAAAUUCACAAAGAUUCUACAUAUUUUAGUAAACCAAUAUAAUUUGUUUCGGGCCCCUUGGAAUCGAGGAAAUAAAGAGCACAUCUCAAUUUCAGAAAUUAAAAAAUGUAUUUAAAGCUAUUUAAAUGAUUUACUACUUAUUUCCUUGAUUCUUUUGUAAAAUUCAAGUUCAAAUGUCAGAAAGAUACCCUGUAAAUAUGUAUGUUUGUAUUCCCGAAUUGCAAUUAAUUGAACGAGAUCUCGAUCCGUCGCAUAUUUUUUAAUGCAUGUAAAUGUUAGAUAAAGAAUCGAAGUCGAAUCUUACAAUUAGAAUAAAUGUGCGUUAAAGGCUCGUAUUGUACGGGACCAUCUGUUAAAUCGAGAAUCCUGCUGACGAUAUUAUUAAGUUGAUCGAUUCGUCAAAUUGAACGAAAUUGAAACGAUCAGAACAGUGCGUCACGAUGUAAGAAUAUUUUUAUUUCUACGGCGCAAUCUUGUCUUGAAAAAAUUUUAUACUCCACCCAGUGGGCACACGCGUUAAAGAACAUCUUUAGAACGGCUUAAAAAU